AUAGAAUCAGAGGAGUUCCAAAUAGUGCAAUUGAGUUUUUAGUUUCGGUUUUAAAAACGAAUAUUGAAACUUAUAUUCAACGAUGGCACGCUCAAAAAUAAGACCUGAACGAGAUGUGUUGGAGAAUUCUUUCGUAGAAAAAUAUUACAAUCGGAACCAUGAUAUAGUUCCACAUAAAGAUCCAAAAGACGACCCUAAAUAUAACGAAAAGAAUACAUUGAUCAGGGAAUGCCAGGAUAUUGUUGGAACAAAGCCAUCUGGAAAACCACCUUUGAAUAUUGCUAUCGUUGGCACACCCGGCGGAGGAAAAUCGUCACUUUUAAACACCAUAUUUUCUAGUUUUAGUAAAGAUCGUUGGCAUGAUAUAGCCCCUUUUGGAAGUUUUGGUAGAGCACAGAGACAGCGCACAACAGAAUUCACAAGCUACGAAAAAAAAGAUUACUACAAGCGAAAAGAUGGAGACGAUUAUCUAAUGCCGACUUUUUUGGACAUGACUGGGUUUGAGGACGAUGAAUCCGAAAGAAGUGUGGCACUUCUCGAAUUGGUAUUUACUGGCAGAAUAAAGGAACAUGAAGAAUUGAGAAGUGCAAAAGACUACGCGGAAAAAUAUGGCGCGGAAGCAUUAUUAGGAAGGUACAAUCGAGGAGUAUGUCAUCGUCCGGUUGAUCGGAUAAUUGUGGUUUGUACGUCAAAUCUUGAUGUUAAUUUACCAGUGAGCUUUUUAAAUGCUGUUUGGAAAGCAGCAACAAAACAUAGAGGAAUACCGGUUUAUGGAAUAUUGACAUGCAGGGACAGAUAUCCACAAGACAUCGUUCAAAACAGAAUAGACUCAUUUUGCAAUCUCCUGGCGUUACCGCAAUGUCGGUUUGCUCAUAUUAUAAAUUACUGUGAUGACAUCGACAGUGAAGGGAUACAUUACAAACAGACGACUAUCCCAUCACUUGAUGUACCAGUAUUACAGUUCAUGCAACAGGUUUUGCAACCACGUCCAAAUGAUCCAACCCAGAAACAAGUCAACAAAAUGAACAUGUUUUCACUUUUGGCAUUCAUAUUGGCUGUAUUGGCAUUUAUAUGUGUACUCAUAAGUUCGACUCCCUAAUCAGGAUUGUUUUUGAAAUUGAACUCAUAACCUUGAUAGCAAUGUUAACCUUUUAGAUCACUAUUUCGUUUAAAUGUGACAUAGAACUUUAAAUGUAUGUGUGUGUUCUUAUCAAAUUGUAGUUAAAACGGAAUUAAAAUUGAUAACAGUCAUUUCAGUAAGUUCACCUAGAUGUUCAGGUGAUAGGUUUUCGAAUCGUAUUUGGCUUUUCUUAUAAUGCUAAGAUGUAGUAUAACUUCGUACGGCCGUCAGAAAUCCAUACCAUAACAGUCACAAGUCUUAGACUAGCGACCAAGUGUAGCGACCAAUCAAGACUGCGACUAAUUCUAGCAACUACUAAAGAACACAAUGAUAAUCAAGUUGUCAAAGAAUAAUAAAUAGGUAUAUGAGGAAACCACAAAAUCACAUAAUAAAACAACGUUCUGUUAAAAAGAAAAUCUAGCUACCGCGGUAUAUUUUGUUUAUUAACUUUUAAAUGACCAGAGAUGUCCAUCAUAUUCAGUCAGUUUGGACACCACAACUCCAAUGUCGUCUGCACUGACUAGUUUGGUUGCUUAAUGUCUGCAACAAUAUCAAUCAGUAAACAAAUAAAUUAAAGUGCCAGAAAAUCGUAAAGAAUCUCAUGUGAAACUCAUGUGGAAUUCACAUGAAAAUCAUGUAAAAAAAAACUUUCAUGUGAAAUUCUUUUGUUGCAGAAAGCUCGACAUAGGGAUAGUGAUUCGGCGGCGGCGGCGGCGGUGUUAGCUAACUUCUUAAAAGCUUUAUAUUUUAGAAGGUAGAAGACCUGGAUGCUUCAUACUUUGUAUAUAGAUGCCUCAUGUUACAAAC